ACAAAUUAACCAAAAAAAAAAAGAUACUCGUAGAUUUUCGUCGCACAACAAAACAAACUGUUUUUAUUUUUUAUAAAUACUUGUUGUGUUUUCCUCAGAUUAAUGAAUGAUGUUUUCGGUUUGUUUUUGAGAUCAUUAUAGAAAGCCACUGAUUAUUGUUUAUAUGAAAUAAUAAACAAAAAAAUGGAUUUGCAAACUUCACAUCUAGCUGCGGCGUUAAUGUCUGGAACAACUGCCAAUUCUUCUGAUGCUGGGCCUAUAUCUUCAAAAAUGAUAAUUGAAGAAGUUGUAAUCGAUAAACCCAAUGUAUCACAGAAAGAAUCGACUGAAGACGAUAAAGAGGACAUGAGCGGCAAUGAAGACUUUUCUGAUGAGGAAUCUGAAACGCAGCCAGGCAAUAAGUCUAUGCCAGGCAGAGGAGUCACAUUACAAAUGUUGUUGGAAGAAAAAAUGUUAGAGCCAGGAAUUGGAGCUAUGACUAUAGAGUAUUUGGGCCAAAAAUUUGUUGGUGACUUGCAAGCAGAUGGUAAAAUAAAAUCACAUGAGACAGAAACAAUAUUUUGUUCCCCAUCAGCAUGGGCUAUACAUUGCAAGAGAAUUAUUAACCCUGACAAAAGAUCAGGAUGUGGGUGGGCUUCUGUCAAGUACAGAGGGAAGAAAUUGGACACAAUUAAGGCGACAUAUCUUCGAAAGAAGCAAAUACAACGAGAGAAUAUGCACACAGAUGAAGAGACAGAAAUGGAAGUAGAGAGUCCUCCUGAACCUCCACCACAAAGGGUUGUGAUGAAACACAACACUGUGCCUAAUAGGAUGAUGCAACAUGAUGCCAAUAUGCUUAUAGAGGCUGUCUCAUUUUCUUCAGUAGGAAAAGUACAACCAUUUUUAGUGUCUGUUACAUCAAACGCUUGCCUCAUUCUUGAUAUACAUUGUCAUCUUAAAAAGGAAGAAGUAUAUGGUUACUUGGCUGGCACUUGGGAUCUAAAUAGCCAUAAUCUGCUUAUAACACAUGCGUUUCCAUGUCUUGUGAGCAAGAGCGAUACUAGACCAAGGGUGCUUGUAGAACUAGAAAUUCAAAUGGAGAUAGAAAAACUUGGCCUCACUCUUCUGGGAUGGUACCAUUCCCACCCUACAAAUCCUGCCAUGCCUAGUCUCAGAGACUGUGAUAAUCAGUUGGAGUAUCAAAUAAAGAUGAGAGGUCCAUCAGAAAUUUCGUAUGUUCCUUGCAUUGGUGUUAUUUGCUCUCCCUAUAAUCCUGAGAGUCCAGUUUUGGAGUCAUCUCUGACAUUCUUCUGGGUGAUGCCUCCCCCAGAACCAAGACCAACGGAAUAUCCUCGACCAUUAUUGCUACAAUAUAAUAUGAUAAAUGAUAGUCACCUAUCAACACAUGCUAUGGAGCAGAUAAAGAGGAGCAUUAAAUACUACUUUAACUUUUCUGAUGACACGUUUGUAAAUUUUAAAGAUAGCUUUAAGCCAGAUAUAACUUACUUGGAUAAGCUGAAGUGCACCCUUAGUUCAAAAUUUCCAAGAGAACAGAGUGACGGUCUACUGUGGCAUUUUAUUCGCGAAGAGUUAGGUUGUUCUUCCGAGCAUGACGAUAAAAUAGAUCUAGACGCUCUUUUGGCUGUGCCUCAGCCCAUACCAGUGUCCAAACCAAGUCAGACGACAUCUAUACCUAAUUUUCCUUCAGUUAGUACUCUCCAACAGAUGGUUAGCCGACCUGCAGGAGUUCCCCCAAUUAAUGUUUCUUCUGGAAUCGGAUCUAGCUCGCCACACAAAUUUGAGACACCUCCAUUAAAUAUACCAGUUUUACCAUCUUCUACCAAGUCAUCCAAAUCAACGACUCCGUCUUUGCCUUCUACAUACCCUACUGGUUUGGAUAUGUUGACAAGCAUGGCAUUAGGACUGGGUUCUUCUAAUAUGCCUUUGCCUUUAGGAGCAUCUUCUUUAGAGAGUUUAGCUGCGGCUAACAGUAUGUUAACAGGUCUCUCUCCCUCUAUGUCGUCUAGUUUGGCGGCAACUUUAACGGGUAGUAAGAUUCCUGAUCCACCUUCAUAUGCAGCAUCAUUGCAGAAUCUGUCCAGUAGCAUUGCUUAUGACAAACCUGUAACAAGUACAUCGACAAGCACAAGCACUGGUGCUCCUAUUCCUGCUAGUAUUGCAUCCAACCUUAUGAUGAGCUCAGCAGAUAUAGCAAACGCUCUAUUUUCAGCUAGCAAAUAUUCGAGUGCUGGCAUUUUAGGUAUUCCAGACCCCAUGUCUAAAUCGACUUUAGCAGCUAACAAUAUGUUUCUUUCUCCAUCAUUAAUGAAAAUGCAAGAGUCAUUGAUUAAACCAUUAUCAAAGGUAGGGUUGGAUCAAAAUGUACUAAUGAAGUCCCCUCAUGAUUUAUUAAAAUCCAGUAAAGAUUAUUUACCACCAGAUUUUGGAAGUAUCGGUAAGGGUAAGCCAGAUAGUUCACCAUUAGAUGCAAUGAAGCUGACAGAUCCCAGUUCAUCAAAAACAGAGACAUCUAAAUCCGAUGCUACCGACAUACAAGCUACAGAUUUUAGUAUGCCACACACUCGAGUAGGAGCAGACUCGUUUCUGAAUCAAAUGUUAGAAUUAACUAAAAAAACGACCAUGCCGGACUACAUGCCGGAUUACAGUCAACCUUUAAAGCUUUCUAAGUCUGAAGAGUUGCCAUCUUCAAUGUCUCAUACUAGUCAUUUGUAUCAAAAUACUCCCAGUAUUGUAGAUACUAUUGCGCAAGUGGCAAUGGGAAAUUACUCUAAACACGAUGAACCUAUCGACUAUGCUAAAGAACAAGAUUAUAGUAUGAAUAAAUCAGCAAAUGCGGAACAUGAUAAUUAA